AUGAGUAAACCGCGAUGCGGUUUCCGAGAUAUCCUGAAGCACGGAACGAAAACGAGCCUAUUCAAAUGGCCGAAGACGCACCUGACGUGGAAUUUUCACUUAGCCGACGAGACCGAGCUGAGCACGGCGCGGGCCGCGUUUGACCUGUGGUCGCAGCAUUCGGCAUUGACGUUCGAACGCUCCGAAACAAAUGCCGACAUUAUAAUACCUUGGCGACGCCUACGUCACUAUAACACGAAUACCAAGGUAAACGGAGCAAUUUGCUCGGACAAAUUCGACGGUCCCGGCAACGUGCUCGCCCACGCGUCUCUCCCGACAGACCAAGCGGGGUUCGUCUCCGAGGUGCACGUCGACGGGGACGAGCCGUGGCACAUUUACAUCAAUAAACAUCCCGCGGAUAGGUUCUCCCUGCAUUACACGCUGACGCACGAGAUCGGCCACUCUCUCGGAUUGGUGCACAAUAGGCGCAAAACAUCGGUGAUGUUCGCGAUACAGCCGGACCAGCAGUAUCCGGUGAAGCUCGACCAAAACGACAUCGCCGACAUUCAACGUUUGUACGGUGAAAAAAGUACGAACGAGCCCCCGCAUCAGACGCCGGCGCCGCCGCCGCCAUCGCCGGACCUGUGCAGCCUCGAUCGCGUGAACGGGAUAUUGAUUUUAAAAAAUCGAAUGUACAUCUCGUACAAGCGUUACGUUUGGUCGAUCGAUCUGGACGGUAGGACGUACAACGGACCUUUAGCCCUUUCGAAUUACAUGAGCUUUCUUCACGACAAUUACACGCGCGUGACCGCCGCCUAUCAAUCCCCGUCCGGCGAUCUCGUGGUGUUCGUAGAUAAUUUGGUAUACUUGUUUCAAUAUCCGGAAUUUAGUCUGCGGCCAGGUUGGCCGAAGACCUUGCAAGAACUCGGAUUUCCCGAAAACACGGUGAACGCCCACAGAGGACAUUAA